AGCAGAUCGAGCUCAGUUCGCUGCUCUAUCGUAGCAAACAUUUUGCUUUAUUCCGUUUAUUUUAAGUUGUUUCUUUAGUUCAUUAGUGAUUUAGUCCGAGUGUUUAGUCCGUUUGUUUCAGUUUGUGCUAGUUUUGCGAACGUUUCCAGUGCGGUUCGAUAGUGAAAUCCGCCCACAAAGGUAGGCGCUAUUCCGUGGGAUCCCGUAGCAUAAAAUCUCGUCGAGAGUUGGGCGAAAGAAUUCAGGACACCCAUCUCCGACGAUGAAAAAGGAAAGAGCACAGCAUAGUAGACGUCGGCCAUUCGAGUGAAAGAGAGGCGUACAGUCAUCGUCAGCAAAAAUAUGUUGGGCGUACGGUUAGUGUCCAUUUGUGUUGGUGUUUGAAUGAAAUUGUUGUGAACGAACGGCCCCUGCACACUCGGGGCUUGGCCCUUUUCCUACAUCGUUUCCUUUACGCCAGCCCUCAACCAACAGGAGCAACAACAACAACGCCAGUAAUAGCCUAGUGAGCGAUGAAUGGCUAAUGGCGAUGGGGUAACACAUCAGCGGCCCUCCACCUACCCAUCACAUCACACAAGUACUUGGCUAUCUAAUAGCUGCUUAUGCACAACGAAUGAUAUCGCGCAGACGGAUGGAUUGCCUGUGAGGGAAUUUUUUGGAAAAGCGUCGACAUACAGUUAGUGGAAACCGUAACGUGAAUCAUCGCGGAAUGAUGGUGACGAAGCAACGAAAAUGGUUGGCUGAACGCAUAUAGAUGCAAAUUAAGAACUACUGUGCACAGAAAUAUUGAAAAUAUAAGCAUGUCUAAAGUUUAGCAGUACUGUUUGUGCAACAUCCUCUUAAUUUUACUGUUUAUUGUGUGCAUCUGACAACGUCGACUUUUCACCUUUUGAACCCAGAGAUAAGAUCAACGUCUAUGAAGAAGAAAAAUAAAAGAAGUGUAGCAACAAAGGCAGUAUCAUAUGAGUGUGGAAAUAAUAGUACAAGGCUUAUCUAAUCUGAAAAAAAAAACAAAAGUGUAUCGGUUGACUGCCAGCAGCUACUAAGCGAAUCAGAAGCAUCGCGAAGAGAGAAGAUUUGAGUGUACGUACUUGAAGAAGACCCAAAGCCAACAGUCAGUAGUGUACCGUACCGUUCCAAUAUGUGUGUUUCGUUGUUAUGAGAAGUGAGAGCGCGCGCGAAUUGCAUUAAUUAUAAUCAGUGAGUUUCAAUAGAAGGUCUUUUCUGGUGGCUGCACUCCUCAUGACGACGGCGGCGACGACGAUGAUGAUUCACAGAAGCAUUAGUACCCGUUUGCGGCAGUGCUGUUCGAUGUGAGUGCAAACAAGAGCAAAAGCUGAAGAACAAGAAGAAACUAAACAUGGGGGAUGCUAAGGUGAAGCAACCAUACUUUGGCAAUCCGCCCCAUCAACAACAGGCAACUACCUCCAAGGCAGGUGUUGGAGCAGCAGUGGUCGACAUUCAGAAAGGAAGUCCUUCCAGCUUGAAGAGUGUAGGGACCAAGGACGAUGGCGCCACCAAAAGCCCUUGUAAAUAUGAUCAGCUCAAAGCUCGCAAAGCUGAGCUGGAAAAAAGGCUCAACGAAAAGUACGCCCAGUUGCAGCAAAUCAAACGAGAAGAGGCUCAACUUAUUGGAAUGUAUCCGAGUGAUUUCAGUGCUGGCAUUGGAAGUCAAGAUCAAAAUGGAGCGGCACCCACCUUGAGACGGAAGAUUGGUACCAGCUUCAAGCUGCCGGAAAAUCUGUUGAACAAUAAAGAAGACGACAUCAAUAAGCUUCUUUUGGAAAAGCAAAUACAGCAGCAGAUAUCGGAGGCAUCGCUCCGAUUAGCUAAUGAUACCUCUCAAUCUAAGUCGGUUCGAAGGACACACAAGCAAAAUUAUGAAACUGCUCAGCAGAAACUAUUAGCAAUCAAUCAAAAUUUAAGCGUACUGAAAAAACGUCAGCAACAAGCUGCUGAGCAGCAAAAAUCUCCUCCUGCAACGAGGGACGAUAUAGACAUUCAUAAAAGCAGUAACUUUAAUCGGUUUCGAUCGAACAGCAACAGCAGCAGCAUGAUGAUGAUGAAUGUGUCGGAGCGGAGGAACUCGGUGAAAUCGAAUGCAUCGUCAAACCAUUCCAGCAACCUAAAUAGUUCAAUUGGUUCGGCUCCAAAACAACAACAUCAACAGCAACAGCAGCUUUUAGUGCAAAUUCCAGUUCAGCAGCAUCCAGGCCAUUAUCACUCGCAGCAAAUCUCGCCCUAUUCGAUCCACUCGGGAACACUGUCGGUUAUGCCAUCCGGUUCACAAAGUAUGACUCCUGCUGCCUCGGCAGCGAUGGUCUCUCAACUGAGUAUGCUUAGACAUCGCGUCCGGCACGAUAGCUUUAGUGGAAUGAUAAGUUAUGACCUAACGGGUGCUUCGGGAGAUACGGCGAAGCUGUCGCCCGUGAGUAGCGGUAGUGGACAUCAUCAUCAUUCUCACCCACAUCAGCAUUACCAGGCACAGUCACAACAGCAGCUGCAGAGUGGUGGUCCUCAUCGAUUGAAUAAAUUGAUUCAACAGCAGCUCCAUAGUUACAGUCCUCCUCCGGGUCAUCAUUCCCACGGCACAAGUCCUGGUUACGUACUUUCACCUCCAGCUAGUGGAUCAUCAACGGUUGCCGGACAAGCAUUUGUGUAUGAUGUCAAAAUGAUCUCAAGGCUGCAGCCUCCUCCACCGCCUCCUCCACUACUGGUUCCUUCAACCUCUAUGAGUGACCAGAACUUCUGCCCGAAACUGCCUCCUGGCUUCAAUUACGAUCAGCAGCAGGAAGGAGCAGCCGGUCUCGGAGGAUAUUGGAUGAUGCUCGAAACAGGAGAAAAGGUUUGGUGUUCAGUCGACAACCGUUUCUCAAGUCUGGAUCGGAAACAAGGAGGAGGUAGUAUGAAACUUUCCCGGUCCAAACUAAGUCAACACGCGUACGCUGCUCCCACCAAAAGUAAUUCAAUGGGAAACUUUGAUUUUAUCAACAAACAACAGCAGCAGCAGCAACAGCAACAACGGCAACAAUCAGAUGAAUCGAUUCAACCUGAUACAAUUUCCGUUACCUCCGGAUCCAGUGAACACAAGAAACGAGAGAAGGUUUGGCGGGAAACUUCGUUGGAUAGUCCAGUCGUUAAGCACAAAACCCUUCCUUCGUCGAUGGCCAAUCCUCCCUCACUUCCGGCGUAUCCCGAACCACCGCCACCACCGCCUCCUCAUCAUCAUUCGCAAUCGCAUUCAACUCUACAAACUCCGUUGCAUAUCAAUACCAGCAGCAACUACGGUUUAUCAUCACCUUCAUCGCCUUUGCUUUUGUCACCCCAGCAAAUGCGAUACUAUCAGCAAAAACAACAGCAAAUCUUGGAACAACAACGUCAACAGCAACAGCAUCGGAUAAGACAGCUGGAAGAACAGAAACAUCAAGCCUAUCUGCUAGAACAACAACAACAACAACAACAACAACAGCAGCAGCAACAACAAUUACUACAGCAGAAGCUUCUUCGGUCCCCUCCUCAACCACCGAAACAUCAAAGUCACUACUCCCAUGCAAUGCACCAACAACGGCAGCAACAGCAGCAGCAUUUGGAUCUUAUUCCACAUUCGCCUCAGUACUACGAUCGGGAAAAUCACAACCUCCCACCCCAUUACUAUCAAUGCCAGGAAGCUCCUCCGCAAAAUAACCUAUCGUCCCGACAUCCUGACCUUCUAAUCUCCCCAACCCUAUCGGCAUCCUCUUCCAACACGCUCACAUCCCCUACACUAAGACCGCAAUCGUCCGUUUCUCCUACUCCCUCGACAAUAACCACUACGGGAUCCGCAUCCGGAAUCCAUUCCACGCCCGACAUUCAAACGGAAUCGCCGAAAAACGUAACCGUUGUCCAACAGGGCAAAAUACAGCCCUACAAGGAAGUUACCAAACCGUUCGAGAUGUCCGAUUUCUACAAAUACUCCACUAAGUACCGGCAAAAGCAGCAGCAGCAGUUACAGCAGCAGCAACAGUACCAUCACCAUCAAACGGGAGAGCUGAGUCCGAAUGGGAACAACAACACCGGUUCCCAUACUGGAGGCGGCGGAGAGAUGAUACAGAAGGUCGUUUACCAACCGCCCAACCCGUCCAUAUGUCAUCCCAUCAACUACAACUGAGUAAGUGCGGUUAUUAAUUUUCAUAUUGAAAAUCACAAUAAAUCUGGAGUCGGCGUAUAGUUUUCCUAGAAGAAAAUGUUAUCGUUAGACUGAUGAUAAUAGGAUUAGAAUCGGGUUUUUUUUUUUUAAACGAGAAUUGAAAUGGGUUUGCCAAGUGAUACCGAGGAGUCGUCAUCAUCGUCAUCAACAUCACACUUGAAGGACGGGAUUAGAGAACUGUGCAGCAGAGCUUAAUUCGUUAAGUGAGUUGAUUCAACGCAUCCCCGAUCAGGUAGUCGGCGUUCAAUUGACUUGACAUCGAUCAGGUUUCCUUUCGUAGGUCAAGUGAGUUGAAUCUUAAACCGGCCUUUAGAAUAACAAAGCUUUGAAAAUGACGAUCGUUGGAAGUAGCUACUGUUGAAUGCAGGGUGACCAAUGAACUUGCGUUGAUUGACAAUAUUCAAUAUAAAGGUCACAGAACACCGGCCAAAAUUACCCGUUACACGAAAAUGCGGAGUGAAAGUUAAAAAAAAAUGACUUCUAUGCUCAGAUUCAGAUUCCCUUUGUAUUGUUAACAGGAUUCACUUGGAAUCCAUAUGUCAGAAUGCUUUUGGAAAUCUUGUCAGUAUUUCCUUGGAAUUGUUGUUAAGAAUUAUCAUCAGAAUUCCCUUUGAAUUUUACUCAAAAUUUCGUUAAAAUUGUUCACCAAGUUAUGUUGGAAUUCCUCAUAAAAUUGUCCAUGAAUUCUAAUCACAAUCCCUAUACAAUUCUCCUUAGAAGUACUUUGGAAUUCUACCUAUAACUACUACUGCUAAUACUAUUGCCUUGCAAUUCACCUGAGAUUUUUUUUUUUAAUUCCAAGAAACGCCAAAUGAAUAGUAUUGAAUUUUUGGAAUCGGUCAAAUGGUUCCGGAGAUAUAGCCGGAUCAUUUUCUGGUGACUAUGGGUUAUGGAGUCUAGAUCCGACCUGAAUCGUG